CCUUUAAAAACAAUCUGUUUUCAGUGGCAGAUUUCGACCGGUGGCCACGUACGGCAGCGCGCUCCGAUUACCCCGCGGUCUUCUGUCAAGGCAGCACUGAUUUAAGUUGUGCCUUACGUGCCUUAAUCGACGGAGCUGGCAUAUUAUCGACUUUCAUCAACUUUGGGAGUGUUUUUCUGCAGGAUAAAGUUUUGAAUGAGUCUUUCCCGGUGGGACUGUAAAGCGGGAGGAGGGAGGGGGCACUUAUAGCGGGACCAGGAUCAGGUCUGAUUUCACACACAAGCGGUUUGUUCGAGGAGAGCUGAGCUGGACACCAGAGGUCGGUCAACUUUUCUACGUUGCACCUCGGGUAAUAGCGAGUGGAAGGACAAAGUUGCGUUAGGACAUUGGACUUCUGCCCUCUAUGGGGACAAACUGUAACUGGUAAGAAGACUUUUCCACUGGAAUAAAUAGACUUCUUUUGGCUGAACUUUUUCACUACUACAAAAUGGAUAAAUACGAGGAUCUGGGACUCGAAGCAAGCAAGUUCAUUGAGGACUUGAACAUGUACGAGGCGUCCAGGGAUGGUUUAUUCCGAACGAGAAGGGACGCAGGAAAUAACCCUGACUUUGAAGAGACAAGGAGAGUGUUCGCCUCCAAAAUGACAAAAAUACACAUGCAAAAGCAGCAAGAGGAGAUGGCAAAGAACAACCAAGCCUUAAGAAUGAACGGGGGUCACAACAACACGUAUUAUAUCAAAGACAGACCACCAAUAAACAGUUUUAGACAGUCUGGGGAGGCAGCCGCCAAGCCCCCCAUGCUCUCUGCCCCAGCCGCGGGUCAGUACGCGCACUCCGCUAUCCAACCUGAGUCUCCAACAGCUAGAGCGCACGGCUACGGAAACAAUUACGAUAAUAGGGAGAGUCUAGACCCACAUUCAUACCAACACAACACCUCUACUUCUCCCAGCCCAGGAAAUGCGUCUCAGAGCGUGCCCACACAUCGCCAGCCGACCGGGCAUGCUACUUCCUGGGCCCCAUCUAUAGAGGCACAACUUUCCCAAACUUUGUCCGGCGGUACCAGUGCACCCCAGUCUCCACAGCACAAGCCUGCUCUUCCCAUCACCAACAACAGUCUUUCAUCUCAGCACAAUCAGCCCGGAGCCCCACCAGUUAACCGCAGUAAAGGAUGGGCCAGUGACCACCAGAUUUCAGCCAAACCAGAGCCUAUCCCUUCCCUGCCUCUCAGUGCCUUCACAGGAGGAGCGGACUUCAAUGUGCGCCAGUCCUCCUCACAACAACAACAACCAACAACUCAGUACACUUCAUCUCCAUCUUCCAAACCUUUAACCAACCACAACGGCCCCUCUCUGGUGCCAUUGGAUACACUCAAAACUAAGGAUAUACCAGCGUCUGUUGUACCUGUCAGUAAAAGUCCCAGCCAAGGUCAAAGUGUGAACCAAAUGUCAAACAGUGGAGAUGCAGUCAUCCCUGAACCCCCAAAGCUUCCACAAAUGCCCUGCCAAUCUCCUGUCCCAGCAGCUCUCGACCAGGGCCCCACAGCAGCCGAAAUAAAAUUAGAAGCCAUCACUAAGCGCCUGGAAAACGAUAUGGAUUCACAACCAAAGCAGGAUUACUUUGGGCUCUGUGUGAAGUGUAACAAAGGUGUGUAUGGAGCGGGCCAGGCCUGUCAGGCCAUGGGCAGCCUGUACCAUGACAGCUGCUUCACCUGCAGUGCCUGCAGUCGGAGACUGCGUGGUAAAGCAUUCUACUAUGUUGGAGGAAAGGUUUUCUGUGAAGAAGACUUUUUGAAGUACUCAGGCUUCCAGCAGUCAGCAGACAAGUGCAACGCAUGUGGACAUCUGAUCAUGGACAUGAUUCUGCAGGCUCUGGGGAAGUCCUACCACCCGGGUUGUUUCCGCUGUAUUAUCUGUAAUGAGAGUCUGGAUGGAGUGCCUUUCACUGUCGACACUGAAAACAAGAUCUACUGUGUCAAAGACUAUCACAGGGUCCUUGCUCCGAAGUGUGCAGCCUGUAACCAGCCCAUUCUACCCUCAGAGGGUUCAGAUGAAACUAUUCGCGUGGUAUCUAUGGACAAUGAUUAUCACGUGGAGUGCUAUCACUGUGAGGACUGCAAAAUGGAGCUGAAUGAUGAGGAGGGCCAUCGCUGUUACCCUCUGAAUGGCCACCUCCUGUGCCACUCGUGCCAUUUGAAGCAUUUAGAGCACAAUGGGCCCUCCUCUGUGUCCCCUGUCUCUUACUGAUGUUUUUAUGGAUCAAGAGCGACAUCUGGUGGAUACUAGGUGCUACUGAACAGCACACAUGGACAAUGAUGAAGCCUAUAUUUUACUACAGGAAUUUGUGGAGAUCAUAUCAAAAAGCACUGUGUUUUAAUAGAUGUUAAUGAAGUAGUAGACUUGCCCUGGGAGCAUUUUUAACACCUAUUAAAAUGGUAUCUACCAUAAUGAAGUUUUCACAUAGACACCAAAGCUGCCUUGACAAAUACUAAUAAUUUCACAAUGAUUUUACAAUAAUGAAAAAUGUGCCUUAAGUUAGUGACUCGGGCUUUGUUUUUUCCAGCACACUCAGAGCAGAACACAUCUAACAAAAUGCUAAAUGUCCAGAACUGUGACAUACAGUGUUUGAUUUCUGAAGUUGCAUUGGCCAGUGCAAAAAUAAAAAAUAAAAACAACAGUUAAUUUUACUUUAACUGUUACUGGCAGUUGUUGUUUAAACAGUUAUUUUUCUGUAUGCCUAUGGUGUGAUUAGCACUUACAAUCUUUGGGGUUUUUUUCUUCCUGUUUUUGUGUGUGCAGGACAAUUAAUAGCCUAUUUUAUUUAAGCAUUCUUGUUUCCCCUUGUUUUGUUUUUAUUUUUAUUUUAUUUUUUUGUUUUUGGUUUUGUUUUGAUAAACUUUUAACACUUGCGGUUUGCCUAAUCAUUGGCUAUAAAUUGGCAUAGCCAAACUAUAUAGCGUUCUGUCCUUGCAAAUUAGAACUCUGUAUUUUGUGGCUGUAAAGAACAUAUUUAAUAAAUGUUUUACAUUAUACAAAA